GACUGACCGACAGGCCGACUUGGGUUACACUUGAGCCGCUCUGCCGGCGAUAAUCGGUUUCCUAUCCUUGUAGGUGCCAAAGCUCUAGGGCUGCCCAUGAACGGCGCCAUGGCCGCGUCCUCACACAGGAUCAUGCUGGGGCCGCUGGUUGCUGCCAUUGACCAGGGCACAAGCUCCACUCGGUUUUUGGUGUUCAAUUCAAAAACAUCAGAGCUUCUCAGUCAUCACCAGGUGGAAAUCAAACAAAGCUUCCCCAAAGAAGGAUGGGUGGAGGAGGACCCCAAAGAAAUCCUGCAGUCGGUGUAUGAGUGCAUGGAGCGGACAUGUGAGAAACUGACCCAGCUUAACAUUGAUAUCUCAAACAUUAAAGCUAUUGGAGUGACCAAUCAAAGAGAGACAACAAUCGUGUGGGACAAAGAAACAGGAGAACCGCUCUACAAUGCAAUUGUGUGGCUUGAUUUGCGGACCCAAUCUACAGUUGAACAUUUAAUCAACAAAACUCCAGGAAGGAACAAGAACCAUCUGAAGCAUAAAACAGGGCUUCCAAUCAGCACUUACUUCAGUGCAGUGAAGCUGCGAUGGCUGAUGGACAAUGUGGAUGAAGUCCGUGAAGCUGUUGUGUCUCACCGUGCCAUGUUUGGAACCGUUGAUUCCUGGCUCAUUUGGUGUUUGACAGGAGGGAAGUCUGGUGGUGUCCACUGCACAGAUGUAACCAACGCCAGCAGAACCAUGCUCUUCAACAUUCACACCAUGGACUGGGACCCAGAGCUUUGCAAAUAUUUUGGUAUUCCAAUGGAGGUCUUGCCAAGAGUGAGAAGUUCUUCAGAAAUAUAUGGCCUCAUGAAAAUAUGUUCUAGUAGGAAAUCGGGAGCCCUCUCAGGUAUUCCUAUUUCUGGGUGUCUCGGCGAUCAGUCAGCUGCACUUGUUGGACAGAUGUGUUUUCAGGACGGCCAAGCUAAAAAUACGUAUGGAACAGGCUGUUUUUUACUGCGGAACACUGGCUCCAAGCCUGUAAUGUCUGAUCAUGGUCUUCUAACCACUGUGGCGUACAAGCUUGGUCGAGACAAACCUGCGUGCUAUGCAUUAGAGGGCUCAGUUGCCAUUGCUGGAGCUGUGGUUCGUUGGCUGCAGGACAAUCUUGGCAUCAUUGGAUCAUCUGAGGAACUUGAGAAGUUGGCUGCAUCAGUCGGCACAUCUUAUGGUUGUUACUUUGUCCCUGCAUUUUCUGGUCUUUAUGCACCCUACUGGGAGCCGAGUGCAAGAGGGAUCAUCUGUGGGUUAACCCAGUUUACUAAUAAGAGUCACCUUGCAUUUGCUGCACUGGAAGCUGUCUGUUUCCAGACACGAGAGAUAAUGGAUGCUAUGAACCAGGACAGUGGGAUCCCACUAACUCAGCUCCAGGUGGAUGGAGGGAUGACGUCCAACAGGCUGCUGAUGCAAUUACAGGCUGACAUACUCUGCAUCCCUGUUGUGAAGCCCUCCAUGCCUGAGACGACUGCUCUCGGGGCAGCGAUGGCAGCUGGAGCAGCAGAGGGUGUGAGUGUGUGGAGUCUGAACCCAGAGGACCUGAGUGAAGUCACUUCUGAAAAGUUUGAGCCUCAGAUCAACACUGAAGAGAGCGAGUUUCGAUACGCUCGAUGGAAGAAGGCUGUUCAGAAAUCCAUGAACUGGGAGACAACAGAGCCUGUGUGUAAUGGAAACGGUGAAACUAGUAUCUUCAGCAGCGUGCCUCUGGGCUUUUACAUCAUGGGCAGCAUGUUAAUGUUAGUUGGCGCAAAAUACAUCGCAGGUCCCAACUAGACUGUGACGGCAGGAGGCAUCAAAGCAGAGAGGAACAUGGACUGACAAUGGACCACCGCUUGGAUUCUUGGUUGCACUCAUUUCUAUCAGGCAUUCCAGAAGAAAGAGUCGAGUCACUGCUGCUGAAUCCUCCCACCUGCUGGAAAAUCUAAGUGAAAUCUAAACUGACUAAUGAGACUUUAUUUUUGAUAUAAUGGUUCUGUGCAACAGUGAAGAACACAUUGGUACAUUCAUUUUAGCGGUGUGCAUGCAGUAUUUUUUUUUAAAUUAUGUUGAUUCUGUAUGAAUUUCUGAGCCUAUUUAUGUAGAAACUACUAGUGAUAAAAUGUGUAGUUGGAAUCUCUUCAUGACUGUCAACAGAGGUACACUGUUUAGAUGCAUUAUUGCUUUAUUACCCUUUAGCGGUCAUGCUUCUUUUUUUGUUUUUGUUUUUUUGCAAGACCAUCCACUAUGAGCUACAGGAACAAUUUUUAGAGCACUUUAUAUGUUUGGUUUUUUUAUUUGUUUUGGAGCUGUGUAUUAACAGACAGAAAGUGAACACAGUUAGGGUUGGGUGAAAGAAAAACAGGAAGGGAACAGAUUCAAAGGUUGUUUUUGUAAAUGGAUUAAUGUUAGACUUCAGCACUGUUUUAUGUAAUACACAAACAUGCAAUGAAGGGCAAGAAUGAAUUAGACACAAGUGUGAAGAGAAACAUUGACUACAUUUGCAAACUUUACAGAUUAAUGUUUCUCUAAACUAGAUCCUGUUAAUAUGUUUUUGCAUUUAACUGACUUGUCGCUACUUUAUCUGUAGUAAUCUAAAACGUUAUGCAAAGAUUUGUAUGCAAAUAUGAUUUAACUUCUCAGACUGCUGUCACUGAAGGUUUAUUGCACUAAAAUGAAGGGCCAUUGUUCUUUUGGGUAAAUUUAAUUUAAAUGUAAGUAGAGCUUUAUAAAUCACACAAAUGUGACUUAUGAAACAAGCUCUCUGACAAAUUGUCAAGGUUAAAAAUUAAUCUUAAGACAAUAGAAAUGUGUCAGUAUUUAUUCUGCUGCCUGACAUCCGUCAUGUUUGUCGUCUGUGUGGAGGUUAGUACAACUAAUGUGACAUGAAGGUUGGAAGUAGAGCCAGUGUUUUGUUCACUAAGUGGUUUUGUGUUGCUUUGUAUAGUUAAGCAGUUAUUUACGGAACUGUGUUGUCAGGUCAAGGUAUGAAAUGAGCGUCCAAAGGUUCUUUUGGUAAUUAUGAAUUUUAACAAAGGGACGUAUUUGUACUGAAUAAAAGCUUGAAGUGAGUUAUUGUCAAAAAAUGUUGAAUUUUUACAAGCAGGAAAAUAUCAUUCAAGACCUUUCAACUGUGAAGUCAUUGGGAUUUUUUUCUGUCAUAUUGUCAAAACAAUGUUACCGUGGUUUCACUCACUGCAUGUUGUUCCCUUUACCUCAUCCACACUGUAUUCCUAACCUUUAAGAAUGUAUAUAAUUCUUUUUUCUUUUUAAGCUUGUAACACAUUAAAUAUGUUCAAGUAUACAUGUGUCGAUUGAUGAAAAGAAAGUAGAA